ACUCAUAGAGAGCAGCAUCGAGCCACCAUGCUUCCCCCAGGCUUCACCUUCCAACCCAACGACCAAGAGCUUGUCGUCUACCUCUGCGAGUGGAUCCACCACAUGCCUCUCUCCUGCAACGCCGUCGAGGAAGCCGACGUCUACUCCCAGGAGCCGGAGGCGCUCCUCCUCGGCCGGGAGAGGGCCUACUUCUUCACCACCCUCAGGACCUCCAGCUCCGGCUUGCGGGUGCAACGCCAGGCCGGAAACGGAACCUGGAUGCUCAACACCAGCAAGACAGGCACGCCCGUCAACGUCGUCUGCGACAACGGAGAUGAGGUCACCGUGGGGCACAAACGCAACCUGUCCUUUUACCUCGGCAAAGUCAAGAAGUGCACCGGAUUCGUCAUGGACGAGUACUUACUCUGUGCUCCACCCUAUGAUAAGAACGGCACAAAGGAUCAGAAGGUGCUGUGCGUGAUCAGGCAGAGCCCGCAAGCCAUCAAUAAUGCCGCCAAAAGAAAAAGAGAAGCGUCGUCGCUUUCAGAAAUCUCCUAAGCAGAUGCUCGAACCGAUUUUUCUCAUUUUAUUAACAGCAUGUAAUGUAGAUAAUAAAGACUGUCAUAUGUAUCGUAUCAUAUCAUACCACCGUAUGUACCGAUCUAAUAAUAUACAUCGAUAUAUUUCAUUGUAUUA